CGUUUUAAAAGGGACGUCCAAAUAUUCCGGCAAAAAAAGGUUAUGAAUUCAGGAUCAGUAUUAUCGUUUUGGCUGGAUCAUUUAAAGACACUCUGUAGUUUUCCUGGAAAAUUGAGCAUGUCAUCGAAAUCGACACCUUUUCAACGAAUUUUACACCUCAGGGAUGUUUUAUCGACCGGCAUUAUCAAUAGCUUGUUGUUGCCUAGCGAACUAGCUACCUUUUUCAAACAUUUCAUUGAAUUUCAUUAUGACAUCGUUCUUAUUUGGAAUGUAAAUUGUCGUGCCGAAUUGCGUGCCAUGAGCGACGAUAAAAAGAAGGACGACAAACAAGAUGAUGCUGAGGAUGAGCGACUCGAGUUCCUGCUCAAUUACCUGACAAAGUCUUAUAAGCUUAAGCAGGAGAAAUGGAACAAAAUGAUAGGGGUAGAUGAGAAUCGGAAAAUGAUUUUAAAAUUCCUUGACGACCCCAAUCAAAAAAUGCUCCUCAUAACCAUACCAUCAACCGGAUUGCUUACACCAUUCACAUCGUUCAAUGCCCAAAUCAAACAGAAAUUCACUUAUUUCAUUCGAAAAAAACCGGAUGCAGUGACAAUGGAAAACUUUAGGUCAGUGCUGACCUUCGGUGACAUGUCUGGUAAGCCCAUUGAGGAUUUGUCGGUAUUGGUCGAGGGAGUAUUUGUUCCUCUCAUGUCGAAUCCGGCCAAUCAAGUGGGGUGGCCGAAAGUGGUCGCUCAAGAUGUGGUUUCACAUGUGCGAACUUUUAAGAAUACUGUCGACCAGAUUAAGGGUGCAAUGAAAAGUCAAGUAAUUCUCCCUAUGCCUCAAGGCUUGUCGACAGUUUUUCAAGCAACUCAAGCCUUUGCAGAUUCGAACGGAGAAGAAGUUAAUUUGCCGCUAAAAACGACAAUGGAAAAUGCGGUCAUGAAAUGGUCUGCAAUUUGCGCUGAAGUUUUGAAGCAAACGUCUCAGCUGUGUUUUGCAAACGGUGUAAAUCCAAUUCCGGCUAACGAAAUCGACUUUUGGAAUGCCAGAACGAAAAAUAUGGAAUCAAUUUAUGAUCAGUUAUGCGACCCUCGAGUCAAGAAAAUGAGUGAAUAUUUAGAGCUCACCAAAAGUACCUACUCAAAGGCCUAUCAAGAAUUAUUCAAGGACAUUGUAGCAGCUCUAGUGGAAACCAGAGAUAUCGCUAAAUAUCUUAAAACACUAGUGCCACACUUUUCCAAGUUUGAUGAAAAUGAGUUUCUUGAAACUGAGCCAUAUGUUAAGCCGAUGGUUCAUGUGGUUGGUUUAGUAUGGGCUAACUCUAAAUACUACGCUAGAAGUGACAGAAUAGUGAUUCUGUUCCGAAUGAUUGUCAAUCUGCUGAUCGAUUCUGCAGAAAGAACUUUAGACCCCAGCAGUAUUUUCCAAGGUGAACCGGAUGAAAUGUACGAGAAAAUUAACGUUACCAUUGAUAUCCUCGAAAAAUUCGAGCAAGCUUUCGAAUACGUUAGAAAUAACUUGGAUUCGUACUAUCGUCCACCCACUUCAAGUACUGACGAAAUUCCCGUGAAAAAACCUUGGACUUUUCACAGGAGGAAUGUGUUUCAAAGAUUGAUCGAUUUCCGCAAAAGGUUGAAUUUGGUUAAGUCUAUUCUACAGACGUACAUCGAUUUUUCGAAAUUGGAAAAAGUGGAAAUGGGAGGAAUUAAGGGGAGAUACUUGUCUGCAAAGUGCCUCGAAGUGUUUGAAGAGUUUAACAAAGCUUACAGCUUGUUUCAAAAUAUUCAAUAUGAUGUUUUGGAUACGAAGGAUGAUUCGCUGGUUAGGGACUUAAAACAAUUUGAGGAAAUCUGUUCUGAUUACGACAAACGCUUGGCAGCCGUGUUCACUCAAGGUUUUGAUGAUUGCCAUAAUCUAGAAACAAUGUUCAAAUACUUAAAUAUUGCCGCAAACAUGUACGCCCGACCGUACAUAAGUGAGAUUGUAAAAGAAAAAUAUCCUAUAAUUACAAAAAUGUUUGACGAAGAACUUGAUACUGUUAAGGAGUUGUUUGAUGAAGCCAAAAAGGAGGGCGCUCCAAUAGACAAGAAUUUUCCCCCAUUGGCAGGAACCAUUCUUUGGUUGCAAAGGCUUUACAAUCGAAUAUCACGACCAGGUGAAGAAUUCAAACUAAUCGAAGAUGAGAUUCUUACGUAUGAAAACACCCAAUUUGUCUUCAAAAAACAUGACGAAAUGCUCGAGCUUUUGGGCGUAGAGCAAACAACAUUACUGCAGCAGUGGUUUGCUAAAGUUCCAGAACAAAUUCGCAUUAGCAUGUCUAAAUUUCAACUUUUACGUGACAAUAAAGAUUUAUUGCACCUUAACUUCGAUAAAGAGUUGCAAGCAAUUUUAAGAGAAAUGAAAUAUUUGAAAAGUAUGAAUAUUGAGAAUCUGCCGCCGGAGGCUUCUGCCUUAUUUCACAAAGUCGAAGAGUUACACGAGGCAAUUUUGAAAUUUAAUAGAAUUGUUGAAUGGUACAAUUAUCUAAAAAAACGAACGACAGAUGUAGAGUUUGAUUUGAUACGACACGAUGUCGCAGCUGUUGAUGAACUCUUAUUGGAAGUAACCGACAAUUAUACAUGGGACACUAAUAAUCCUGAUAUUAUUUUGCAAAUCUAUAAUACUGUUAAAGAACUAACCGACCGGGUUAAGAAAGCCCAAGCAAACGUGGCCAGCUUCACAGCAGGAAUCAAAGCUUGGUCUGAGCAGCUACUAUUUGAAAGAAGAGACGGUAAAAAAGAAAAUCUUCUGUUCCUCGAGGACAGAAGUGAACGUUUGCAGAAAAGACAAGAUCAAGUAGCAGCCUCAUCAGCCGAACUAGAGCGGAUUAUUGCGGAAAAUUAUGAACUGUUCUUCAAAGAACCCAUGGAGCCAGAAGAACCACCCGUGCCAGAAGAACAGCCUAUAGAAGAAGAGCCUCCUCCAGACACAAAGAAAGGCAAAAAAGGCAAGGAAAAAUUGAAAAAACAAAAACCCAAAAAGAAAACCGAAGAAGAGUUGCGACAGGAAGAAGAGGAGGCGGCAAGAAAAGCCGAGGAGGAAAAGAAAAAAGGUGAAAAAUUGGUCAUGUGGGCGCCCUACUUGCGGAAUCUUGACGGCGCUAUUCAGGAUCUCAUUGUCAAUUCUGUUAGAAUUAAUCAACUUAGUUUUCUGGGUGAAAUGGGGGAUCCUGCUGUGAAUCCUUUAUUGGAGCUCACAAUGGAACUUCAUGAACCCAACAUUGUCUUUGUGCCCUCUGUUGUUAUUGAAGAUCCAGGAAACUUUGUCAUUUUCAUUGAGGAUCUCUUGGAAGAUAUAUAUUCUAUGGGAAAUUAUAUGAAGCAUGCGGACCCGGAAAUUGUAGAUUCAUAUUACGACAUUAUAAAAGAUAACGCAGAGAUAACACAGCAGAAACUUGAAAUUUGCGCAAAAGUAGCUGCGAGUAUGGAAGCGGCUCAUAAUUAUGAGAAGGAAUUCGACGAAUAUUAUGUUUUGUGGGAAGAAGAUAGACAGGAGUUUUUGCGCCAGUUUCUAAUGUACGGACGCUUGCUUAGUAUCGAAGAAGUGUACAAAAUUAGGGAAGAAGGUGAAGAUGCGAUAAAGGAGUCACCACCCACAAUUAAGCAAUUUAAAGAACAAAUCGAUUACUAUGAAGAUCUCUAUAAAAAGGUUGAAACAAUAGCUUCGGAAAAAUUAUUGGCUGCAUGGUUGCGGGUCGAUGUACGACCACUAAGACAAGCUAUUUUAAAUGCGGUCUGCAAAUGGGGCAACUUAUUCAAGCAGCAUCUGUACAAUCGUGUGAUAGAUAGUUUAAAUGAUUUGGAGACCUUUAUCAAGGAAGCUGUAGCUGCAAUGCAGGUCCCAUUGACCGAGGAUGACUAUGAUGGUCUUCUGAAAGUAAUGGGAUAUCUGUUCAAAGUUAAAGAGCGACAAGUGGAAACCGAUAGCAUGUUUGACCCACUGAAACAGAUCAUGGAUCUGCUGAAGGACUAUAAUGUUGAAUUUCCAGAGGAAGUUAUAGUGCAGUUACAGGAAAUUCCCGACAGGUGGAAUCAUUGUAAAAAGGUGGCCGCUACAACCAAGCAAGCGGUUGCACCUUUACAAGCUCUUCAAGUAAAUGCAAUCAAACGGCGAAUUAAUCUAUUCGAAAUUCGUCAAAACAUGUAUCGAGAGCAAUUUAAAAAUCGUCAAUUCUUCAAUUGGGACUGUCCAAAUAUUUACCUCUUAUUGGACAAAACUCAUGGGGAAUGUUUUGAACUGGAAGCAGAAAAAAGCAAAUUGCAAGAACAGGCGAAUUUGUUCGAACUCACAUUGCCCGAGUUUAAAGCCAUGAAAGCAACUCGCAAAGAACUGAAACAGUUAAAACAACUUUGGGAUUUUAUCAACGUUGUCCGGUCCUGUAUCGAUGAAUGGAAAUUAACACCAUGGAAGAAAAUUGAUGUGGAAAAUAUGGAAAUGGAAUGUAAGAAAUAUGGAAAGGAAAUACGACAAAUGGACAAAGAAAUUAAAGGCUGGGAUGCUUACAUUAAGCUGGAUGCGACUAUUAAGAAUAUGUUGACCUCUUUGAGGGCGGUCACUGAAUUGCAAAACCCAGCGAUAAGAGAUAGGCACUGGAUACAGUUAAUGCAAGCUACCAAGGUGAAAUUUGUCAUGAACGAUGACACGACACUGAGUGAUCUUCUAGCUCUCAAUUUGCAUGAGUUUGAGGACGAAGUAAAGAAUAUCGUGGAUAAGGCAGUUAAGGAAAUGGGAAUGGAGAAAGUGUUGAAAGAACUUAAUGCUACUUGGAGUGUGCUGGAGUUCGGUACUGAGCUCCAUGAGCGCUCAAAAUUACGGCUGCUCACCAUAACGGAAGAGACCGUAGAAACAUUAGAAGAAAACCAAGUCGCUUUGCAAAAUAUGAUGACCUCGAAAUUUAUCGACUUUUUCUUGGGCGAAGUGUCAGACUGGCAGAAAAAACUGGGAAAUGCCGAUCAAGUGAUCCAAGUGUUUUUCGAGGUGCAGAGAAAGUGGAUGUAUUUGGAAAGCAUUUUUAUCGGUUCAGAAGACAUACGAAGCCAACUGCCUGAAGAUUCAAGACGAUUUGAUAAAAUCGAUAGAGAUUUCAAAGAAGUACUGAAUGAGAUGCUAAAAACUCUUAAUAUCGUAAAAGCAACCAAUAAGCCUGGCUUAUAUGAAAAGCUGGAAUCAAUUUUGCAAGAUCUCACUUUAUGCGAAAAGGCACUUAACGAUUACCUGGAAACGAAGCGUCUGGCUUUUCCUCGAUUUUAUUUCGUUUCAUCGGCCGAUUUGCUUGAUAUUUUGUCGAACGGAAACCAACCAGACCUUAUCCAAAGGCAUUUAACCAAAUUAUUCGAUUCAUUGGCGAAACUUGUAUUUGUACAAGAAGGUGGAAAGAAUUCGAAACGGGCAAAGGAAAUGAUUUCCAAAGAAAACGAGGAGCAUGUGACGUUCGUCAACAUUUGCGAUUGUAGUGGAAAAGUCGAAGUGUGGCUGAAUCGCGUUAUUGAUGCAAUGCGGGAUACGCUCCAUCAGCUGUUUGGGGAGGCUGUCAUUACCUAUGACGAGAAACCCAGAGAAUCUUGGAUAUAUGAUUAUCCUGCCCAGCCUGCUCUUUGUGGCACUCAAAUUUGGUGGACCACCGAAGUAAACAUGGCAUUUGGCCGAUUAGAAGAGGGUUAUGAAAACGCAUUGAAGGACUAUCAAAGGAAACAGAUUAGCCAAUUGGUUGCCCUCAUUAACUUGUUGCUGGGCGAUUUAACUGCCGGAGAAAGACAGAAAAUUAUGACCAUUUGCACAAUUGAUGUGCACUCUCGAGAUGUUGUCGCCAAGAUGAUUCUCAUUAAAGUGGAGAACUCUCAAGCCUUCCAGUGGCAAAGCCAGUUGAGGCACCGAUGGGACGACAAGGAAAAGGAUUGCUUUGCUAAUAUUUGCGAUGCACAAUUUAGGUAUUCGUAUGAAUAUUUGGGUAACACCCCUAGGCUGGUAAUUACGCCAUUAACUGAUAGAUGUUAUAUUACAUUGUCUCAAAGUUUGCAUUUGAUAAUGGGCGGGGCUCCAGCUGGGCCUGCCGGUACUGGAAAAACAGAAACUACCAAAGACCUUGGCAAAGCUCUUGGUAUGAUGGUGUACGUAUUUAAUUGUUCGGAGCAAAUGGAUUACAAAUCCAUUGGCAAUAUUUAUAAGGGAUUGGCUCAGACAGGUUGCUGGGGUUGCUUUGACGAGUUUAACAGAAUAUCAGUGGAGGUAUUGUCAGUGGUUGCSGUUCAAGUGAAAUUAAUUCAGGACGCAAUCAAAGACCAGAAGAAAAUAUUUUUCUUUUUAGGUCAAGAUAUUGGAUUAAUACCCACGGUUGGCCUUUUUAUAACGAUGAACCCAGGUUAUGCAGGUCGAACGGAGUUGCCCGAAAAUCUGAAGGCGCUGUUUCGGCCUUGUGCCAUGGUGGUCCCAGAUUUUGCCCUCAUUUGCGAAAUCAUGUUGGUCGCAGAAGGCUUUCAAGAGGCUCGACUUUUAGCCCGAAAGUUCAUAACCCUCUAUACACUAUGUAAGGAAUUGCUCACGAAACAAGACCAUUAUGACUGGGGGCUGAGAGCCAUAAAGUCUGUAUUAGUAGUUGCUGGGUCGCUAAAAAGAGGUGACAAGCAAAGACCGGAAGACCAAGUACUUAUGAGGGCGUUGAGAGAUUUCAAUAUCCCAAAAAUUAUUACUGAUGAUAUGCCGGUUUUUAUGGGAUUGAUUGGUGACUUAUUUCCUGCUCUGGAUGUGCCCAGAAAACGCAAUAUAGAUUUUGAAAAAAUGAUUAAACGAACUGCGGUCGAAAUGAAACUGCAACCAGAAGAUGGUUUUAUUCUGAAAGUAGUUCAACUUGAGGAACUUUUCGCCGUUAGACACUCGGUAUUUAUAAUAGGCUUUGCUGGCACUGGAAAGUCAAUGGUCUGGAAGUGUCUUAUUAAGACUUACGCAAAUCAGAAGCGGAAACCGUUAUACAACGACCUUAAUCCAAAAGCUGUGACCAAUGACGAGUUAUUCGGUGUGAUCAAUCCUGCCACCAGAGAGUGGAAAGAUGGCUUGUUCUCUGUUAUUAUGAGAGAUCAGGCGAAUUUAAGCGGAGAGGGCCCUAAAUGGAUUGUGCUUGAUGGAGACAUCGAUCCUAUGUGGAUCGAGUCACUUAACACCUUAAUGGAUGACAACAAAGUACUUACUCUUGCCAGUAAUGAACGCAUCGCGCUCACUCGUAGCAUGAGGCUGUUAUUUGAAAUUGCUAAUUUGCGGACGGCAACACCGGCAACUGUUUCCAGAGCUGGUAUUUUAUACAUUAAUCCUGCAGAUCUCGGCUGGAACCCAUUUAUUGCAUCCUGGAUUGACACGCGAACAAUACAAAGCGAAAAGGCUAAUCUGAUGAUCCUGUUUGAUAAAUACGUACCGCCUUGCCUCGAAGCUGUGCACAAAAAGGUUAAGAAAAUAACGCCUAUAUCCGACAUUGCUCAUUUAACCAUGCUGGUUAGUCUCCUAGACUGCUUUUUAACACCCGAAAACGUUCCCCCUGAUUGUCCUAAAGAGUGGUACGAAAUCUAUUUCGUGUUUUGCGUGGUUUGGUCGUUUGGUUCCGCGCUAUUUCAAGAUCAAAUCAUCGAUUGGCGGAACGAGUUUAGCAAGUGGUUUACUAACGAGUUUAAGACUGUUAAGUUUCCAAUUGGUGGCAAUGUUUUCCAAUACUACAUCGAAGAAGAAAACAAACGGUUUGUGCCAUGGACGGAGUUAGUUUCUCCGUUUGAACUCGACACAGAUAUUCCCUUGCAAGCUACUUUAGUGAAUACUGCAGAAACCAGCAGGAUCAGAUUUUUUAUCGAUCUGUUGGUAUCUAUGAGGGUCCCGGUCAUGCUUGUGGGUCCUGCUGGUAGUGGAAAGUCGGUGAUUAUCCAAGAGAAGCUUAAUUCGCUGACUGAGCACUAUGCAGUGACAAACGUGCCAUUUAACUUUUACACAACAUCUGAGAUGUUGCAACAAAUUUUGGAAAAACCUCUUGAGAAGAAAGCUGGAAAAGUGUAUGGGCCACCUGGCAACAAAACCAUGAUUUACUUUAUUGACGACAUGAAUAUGCCAGAAGUGGACAAGUACUUCACUGUGCAGCCACACACACUUCUGAAACAAUUCAUGGAUUAUCAGCACUGGUACGACAGGCAAAAGUUGAGUUUGAAGGAAAUUCACAAUGUUCAGUUUUUAUCGGCAAUGAAUCCGACUGCCGGAUCAUUUACUAUCGAUCCCAGGCUGCAACGGCAUUUCUGUGUAUUUGCUGUCAGUUUCCCGUCGGAAGAGAAUUGCCUUCACAUUUACAACUCAAUUCUCUCUCAGCAUUUAGCCAAUCCUCAAAAUAAGUUCAACGCUGUGAUACAAAAGUUAUGCCCAAUAAUUGUGCAGGCGGCCUUUUCCUUACACACCAAAGUCGGACAGACGUUCUUGCCCACUGCUGUUAAGUUUCAUUAUACAUUUACGCUUCGCGACUUGUCGAAUAUUUUCCAAGGAAUGCUCUUUGCUCAUGGCCCGGCCAUUUCCAACCAGACGGCGUUUAUAAGACUUUGGAUGCAUGAAGCCAACAGGGUAUAUGGAGACAAAUUGGUUGAAAAGCGCGAUAUGGACACGUUCAAUAAACUGAUAAUCGACUCGGUGAAAAAGGGUUUUGAGGAACUUGAUGAAAAUACGGUUUUUGAAAAGCCCUUAAUAUUUUGCCACUUUGCCGAAGGCAUUGGAGAUCCGAAAUACUUUCCAAUACUCGAUUUUGAUCACUUGAGUCAUCUGUUGCAUGAAGCAUUGAACGGAUACAAUGACUUGGUGGCAGCAAUGAAUCUGGUCUUGUUCGAAGAUGCCAUGUACCAUAUUUGUCGAAUAAAUCGCAUUUUGGAAGCACCAAGAGGCAACGCCUUGCUUGUGGGUGUUGGAGGUUUUGGAAAGCAAUCGCUUACCAGGUUGGCGGCUUUCAUAUCGUCAUUCGAAGUUUUUCAAAUCCAGCUCAAAAAGGGAUAUGCUAUGGCUGAUAUGAAGGCCGAUAUAGCGGGGCUCUACAUGAAAGUGGGACUCAAAAGUGUCGGCAUAGUUUUUUUGAUGACUGAUGCCCAAGUUCCCGAUGAAUCUUAUCUUGUGUUAAUAAAUGAUGUCUUAGCGUCAGGAGAAAUAAGUGAACUACUUCCCGACGAGAAUGUGGAGAACGUCAUCAGCGCAAUGCGCGGCGAGGUUAAAAGUGUUGGACUGCAAGAUACCAGAGAGAACUGCUGGAAGUUUUUCAUUGAUAGAGUCAGGCGACUUUUAAAAAUAGUUUUGUGCUUCUCGCCGGUGGGUUCAACUCUGCGAGUGCGAGCCAGAAAGUUUCCGGCUCUUGUUAACUGCUCCUCGAUAGACUGGUUCCAUGAUUGGCCCACCGAAGCUUUGCAAUCUGUAUCUCGUAGAUUUUUAGCAGAAAUCGAAGUACUGCCACCAGAACUCGUCAACUCUGUAUCUCUAUUCAUGUCCUUUGCACACGGCGUUGUAAACACUUUUUCGGAAAUUUACCUGUUGAAUGAAAAACGCUACAACUAUACCACCCCUAAGUCGUUUUUAGAACAAAUCGAUCUGUACAGAAAACUGUUGACGGAGAAAACUGCAGACAUACACAACAACAUUACAAGACUGCAAAACGGUUUAACCAAAUUGGCAUCCACUUCCGAAGAAGUGGACGGAUUGAAAGACGUAUUGGCUGUACAAGAGGUGGAGCUGAAUGAAAAAAAUGCAGCUGCAACUGCUCUUAUUGACGUUUUGACCAUCGAAAAUGAAAAGGUUGCCAAAGAACAAGAUACAGCUAGUGAAGAAGAAGCGAAAGUUAAGGCCAUUGAAGAAGACGUGUCGGCUAAAGCAAAAAUUUGUGCGGAAGAUUUAGCAAAGGCGGAACCCGCACUAGUUGCAGCCCAACAAGCCUUAAAUACGCUAAACAAAAACAAUCUGACUGAGUUAAAAUCUUUUGGUAGCCCUCCAGAGGCUGUGGUUUCGGUAUGCGCUGCUGUUCUCGUGUUGUUUUCGAAAAAAGGAAAAAUUCCCAAAGAUCGCAGCUGGAAGGAAUGCAAAUCGAUGAUGAAUAAAGUCGAUCAAUUUUUGAACGACCUGAUUACUUAUGAUAAAGAAAACAUGCAUCCGGACACUGUUAAAGCCACACUUGAAUAUCUGAAAGAUCCGGAAUUUAGUCCGGAAAAAAUUCUCACCAAGUCAGCGGCUGCAGCAGGUUUAUGUGCAUGGGUGAUUAACAUUAUUAAGUUCUACGAGGUGUUUGUGGUAGUAGAGCCCAAGCGGAAGGCUUUGGCUCUAGCCAAUAAAGAGCUUUCUGAUGCGAGGGGAAGACUUUCAGAAUUGAAGCUGAAAUUGGAUCAAUUGGAGAAACAGUUGGGUGUGCUGAGAGCAGAUUUUGAAGAAGCCACAAAUGCUAAGUUGAAAUGUCAAGCUGAAGCAGAUGCCACUACGCAAAUGAUCGAUCUAGCUAACCGACUGGUUAAUGGCUUAGCGUCAGAGAAUAUCCGUUGGAGGCAACUUAUAAAAGAUUUCAAUGCCUCAAUUAUAACUAUCCCAGGAGAUAUGUUAUUAGUUACAGCCUUUCUUUCGUAUCUCGGAUGUUUUAUGAAGAAGUAUAGAACGGAUAUGUUAGACAAGCAUUGGAUGCCAUAUUUCAAAACAUUAGAAGUUCCAAUUCCUAUGACUCCCGGUUUGGAUCCAAUGAAUCUGUUGGCAGAUGAUGCCAAAAUUGCCCAGUGGAAUAACGAGGGUCUUCCAACCGAUCGCAUGUCUGCGGAAAAUGCUAGUAUAUUAACUAAUUCGAGUCGUUGGCCAUUGAUGAUUGAUCCCCAGUUGCAGGGUAUAAAAUGGAUUAAAACUAAAUUCGGAGAAAAUUUAAGAGUGGUGAGAACAACUCAAAGAACGUAUCUAGAUGUUAUUGAAGAUUGCAUUUCCAAGGGCCAAACUGUGUUGAUUGAAAAUAUUGGAGAAAACUUGGAUGCUGUUUUAGAUCCAGUGCUUGGCAGAGUGUUGAUUAAAAAAGGAAAAGCAAUUAAAAUGGGCGAUAAGGAAGUAGACUACGAUCCCAAUUUCAGGUUGAUAUUACAUACAAAGCUUGCAAAUCCCCAUUAUAAGCCUGAAAUUCAGGCUCAAACCACCCUGAUUAAUUUUACUGUAACACGUGAUGGGCUGGAAGAGCAACUGUUGGCCGAAGUGGUCAAGGUGGAACGACCAGAUUUGGAGCUACUGAAAUCAUCGCUUACUAAGCAGCAAAACGACUUUAAGAUUACGCUGAAAACGUGUGAAGAUAAUCUUCUUUAUAAAUUGUCUUCAGCAACUGGGAACAUAUUAGGUGAUGUCGAGCUGGUCCUUAAUUUGGAAACAACUAAAAAAACGGCUAAUGAAAUUGCCAUUAAAGUGGAAGAAGCUAAAGUGACCUCAGUUAAAAUCGACGAAGCUCGGGAACAAUAUCGUCCAUGUGCAGCCAGGGCUUCGCUUCUGUACUUCAUUCUAAACGACUUAUUUAGAAUAAAUAUGAUAUAUCAAUUCUCCCUGAAAGCUUUCAGUGUGGUGUUUCGCGAUUCCCUCAAGAGAGCAGAGCCAGCUGAAAAACUCAAAGAUCGAGUGGUUAAUUUGCUGGAGAGUAUUUCGUUUUCAGUUUUCAUGUACACUUCUAGGGGUCUGUUCGAGUGUGACAAGCUAACGUUCAUGGCUCAAAUGACCUUCCAAAUUUAUAUACAAUUGGGCGAAAUUAUGCCUGAUGAACUCGAUUUUUUGCUCAGAUUUCCUGUCAUUGCCAAUCUAAAUUCACCAGUGGAUUUUUUAAAUAAUAUUUCUUGGGGAGGCAUUAAAGCACUGUCACUAAUGGACGAAUUCAGAGGACUGGACAAAGACUUAGAAGGAUCAGCAAAGCGUUGGCGGAAGUUUGUUGAAAGCGAAUGCCCGGAAAAGGAAAAAUUCCCGGGAGAAUGGAAAAACAAAACAACAUUACAAAGGUUAUGCAUAAUGCGAUGUUUGAGGAAUGAUAGAAUGACGUAUGCUGUUCGCUUGUAUAUCGAGGAAAAAUUAGGCACUCGAUACGUAACAGCCAGAACGGUUGGUUUCGAAAAAUCCUAUGAGGAAACCAGCGCUCAAACGCCAGUGUUUUUCAUUCUUUCGCCUGGCGUGAACCCGUUGAAGGAUGUGGAAAUGAUGGGAAAGAAGUUGGGUUUCACAUUCGACAUUGGCAAUUUUCAUAGCGUUUCGUUGGGUCAAGGGCAGGAAAUUGUUGCGGAAAAUGCCAUGGAUCUAGCCGCUCAAGAUGGACAUUGGGUAAUUCUUCAGAACAUUCAUCUGGUCGUCAAAUGGUUAGCUACUUUAGAGAAGAAAAUGGAACAGUGUUCUGAAGGAGGUCAUGAAAAAUACAGAUUGUAUCUAAGUGCUGAGCCAUCGUCUGAUCCGCACUCUUGCGUGAUACCACAAGGGAUACUAGAGUGUUCCAUUAAGAUAACAAACGAACCACCCACUGGCAUUAAUGCCAAUUUGCACAAAGCUCUGGACAAUUUUAAUCAGGAAACACUGGAAAUGUGUUCCAAAGAGGCCGAAUUUAAGGCCAUUCUAUUCGCUCUUUGCUACUUCCAUGCCGUGGUAGCCGAGCGGCGGAAAUUUGGGCCUCAGGGCUGGAAUCGAAACUAUCCGUUCAAUGUUGGCGACUUAACCAUCAGCGUCAGCGUUUUGUAUAACUAUUUAGAGAGCAAUAACAAGGUACCAUUUGAAGAUCUACGCUAUCUUUUUGGUGAAAUAAUGUACGGCGGUCAUAUUACGGAUGACUGGGACAGGCGAUUGUGCAGAAACUAUUUACUAACAUACAUGCAGCCGGAGCUGAUCGAGGGAGAGCUACAGUUGGCCCCUGCAUUCUUUGCGCCACCGAAUACCGAUUACAUAGGAUACCAUCGUUAUAUCGAUGAUCGACUGCCUGCAGAAAGUCCGUAUCUCUAUGGCCUGCAUCCGAACGCUGAAAUUGGAUUUUUGGCGAGCACCUCGGAAAAUAUGUUUCGAACAAUAUUUGAAAUGCAGCCCCGAGACUCGAGCGCCGCUGCUGGCAGUGGAAUGUCUCGCGAAGAUAAGGUACGAAGCACACUGGAAGAAAUAUAUGAUAAACUCCCUGAAGAAUUCCCAGUCCAAGAAAUGAUGGCCAAAGUUGAAGAGCGGACACCCUACAUAAUUGUGGCGUUUCAAGAAUGCGAAAGAAUGAACACUUUGACGCGAGAAAUGAAGCGAUCCUUAAAAGAGCUCGAUUUGGGCCUAAAGGGAGAACUAACUAUAACGUCCGAUAUGGAAGUGCUUGAAGAAGCUCUAUUUAUGGAUGCGGUGCCCGAGUCCUGGUCAGUCAAAGCGUACCCAAGCUUGUUGCCACUUGGCCAAUGGGUUGGGGACCUUUCGUUAAGAAUCAAAGAACUAGAAGGCUGGACAACCGACUUUUCGAUGCCAGCCGCAGUUUGGCUGGGUGGGUUCUUCAAUCCUCAAUCUUUCCUAACUGCAAUCAUGCAACAAACUGCUCGCAAAAACGAAUGGCCUCUGGAUAAAAUGUGCCUGAUGACGGAUGUUACUAAAAAGCAAAAGGAGGACUUUAACUCUGCUCCAAGAGAAGGUGCCUAUGUGCAUGGACUGUUUAUGGAAGGCGCUAGAUGGGACAUUCAGUUAAACAGUAUUUCCGAUUCAAAACUGAAAGAGCUGUUCCCAGUAGUGCCUGUAAUUUUUAUUAAGGCAAUUACGCAGGACAAACAGGAUUUACGAAAUAUGUAUGAUUGUCCCGUAUACAAAACGCGAAUGAGAGGUCCGACCUUUGUUUGGACAUUCAAUUUGAAAACCAAGGAUAAAGCAUCCAAAUGGACUUUGGCUGGUGUGGCCAUCCUACUUCAAGUUUAAUCAAUUGUUUGUUACAGUUUUUGUUGAUUUUAUGACAGGUUUAUAUAAAUGUUAUUAGCUUAAAAUAAUUGUUAAUAAAAUGGUUGAUUGAA